AUCUCGCCGCAAGUGCUGCAGAGUAGUUGUAAGAGAUGGGCAAUGCCUCAUCCCACGCGUACUAUGGCGCGGCUCCACCGCCCGCAGCCGACGCGCGCGUGAUACUGCAGCACGAUCUUCCCAAGGUGAUUUACGUCAAGCAGCUGGCUAACGGCAAGUUCAUCAAGAGCUACCAGUGCAGAGUUGACGGGAUCAUGGUCGUGGUGAAGGCUUACAUAAAGCGGGACAAGCGCGAGGUCCUGGCUCCUGUUGAGGCUUGCCUGUCGAACAUGGCCAAAGCGCUGGACACGCGCAGCUGCCCCAAUGUGUUACCUUACCAGCGGUGGCUCCAAUCCGAUGUCCGCGCGAGCCCGCACAGGAACGCGGGCACCCCGGCGUACCUACUACGGCAGCACCUCCUGGGGACUCUAAGCGAUCGGCUUUCCACCCGGCCUUUCCUCACCGACACCGAGAAGCGCUGGCUCGUGUACCUUUUGCUGAGGGCCGCGGCGCAGUGCCACGGGAAGGGGAUACGUCACGGCGACAUCAAGAGCGAGAACGUGCUGGUGACGAGCGGGAACUGGGUGCUGCUGACGGACUUCGCUCCGUUCAAGCCCACGUUUUUGCCGGACGACCACCCGGCGGACGCGAACUACUACUUCAGCUCGGGAGAGCAGGGCCGCUGCUACCUUGCUCCCGAACGCUUCUACAGCGUCCCCCAGGCUUCUGACGCGUCGACGACGGGGGACGGGGCAACGAGCGGGGGAACGGCGGGGGCAGCGGGCGUGGCCGGGACACCGCAGCAAGCGGAAGGCGUCGUCGCGGGGGCUGCGCAGACCAAAGCAGGAGGAGGAGGAGGAGGGGGUCUAGAUGGCUUGGUGAGUGUUGGCGAGCCGUACCCGUGGAGUCGAUGCCCUAUGGCUCUUGCGCCAGGCGCGCCGGGGGGGGGAGGGGCCCCGGGGGAGGGGCUCCUGGAGUCCAUGGACGUGUUUAGCCUUGGCUGCGUCAUCGCCGAGGUGUUCCUUGCGGGAGAGACAGCCGCUGCGUAA